AUGCCGUCGGUGACUCUCGACUAUACCACUGUCGAGGCUGCCGCUGGUAACGAAAGUAUUGGUUACUACAAGUACCAGAACAUCCGUUUUGCUGCCGUCCCUACUGGUGAUCUGCGUUUCGCCAAGCCCCAGUGGCCAACCACCGAAUCUGGCGUGAACAAUGGUACAACCUAUGCUACUGCAGAUGUGGACUGUUCCUCCGAGGAGGAUUGCCUGUACAUGGAUGUGUGGGCUCCGGCCAACUCCAAGGGAAAGAAGCUUCCAGUCUUGGUUUGGACCUAUGGUGGUGGCUUUACUGCCGGGUCUAAGUCGCAGAACACCCCCGAGGGUCUUUUCGACCUGUCCAAGGAGUUCGUUUUUGUUUCCUUCAACUAUCGUCUUGGUAUCACUGGCCUUGCCAACUCAGUAACUGCUACUCACCAAGGCGCCACCGACAAUGUUGCCUUGUAUGAUGUUGAACACGCCUACAAGUGGGUGAACAAGUAUAUCAGCAAAUUUGGCGGCAACCCUGACGACAUCACUGCAUUUGGUUUCUCGGCUGGUGGUAGCAUGCCUCUUUUCCAGAUCACUCGUUAUGGGGGUCACAACGAGCAGCUCUUCCACAAGGCCUACAUCACUUCUCCCGGAUUUGUCCCUGGCGCCGGUCACCACCAGGGAGAGACUUUCUGGCAGAAUGUUUCUACCGCUGUUGGCUGCACUGGCGGCGACCUAACCUGCAUGCGCAGCGUUUCAUUCUCCAACCUCACUGAUUCCGCGAACGAUGUCUACGAUACCUAUGGCUAUCAAUUCCAGCCUCGUGUUGACGGCGACUUUGUUGCAGACACUUAUGAGUCCCAGCUGUACCAGGGCCGUUUCAACUGGUCUGGCCCGCUCGUCAUUACCCAUGAAGAGCAUGAAAACAAUGGCUCCCCAACAUCUGGUGUUAACACUACCGCCGAUGUCAAGAGCGAGCUUCGCGCAUUCUUCCCGGCAAUUACCGACGAUGUCAUUGAAGAGAUCAUGGACGUGUUUCCUGAGUCCGACUAUACCAGCCCCGGCUACCGCUUUGCCGAUAUCAGACAAUCCUUCGAUUUGACCGCCCACGACUAUGCGCUCACCCGUGCCCUGGACAACAACACCUGGAAUGCGAUGGUGGCUUUGGGCCAAGCCACCCACGGCACCGACCAGGACUAUUACUGGUACAGCACGUACUCCCUGUCUUCCAGCUCCAGCUCCAGCUCCAGCUCCGGUGCUGGUGUGGCUAUUAGUGGCUCAUCUUCUGUUAGCUCCACUGUUGCUCGCAAGAUGCAAAAGUACCUUCUCUCUUUCGUUCUGACCGGUAACCCGAACACCAAGUGGGGCAGCGACAAGGUUUACUGGCCCAAGUACGGAAGCAAUGCAACCGAACUUGUCUUCAACACCACCAUGUACACCCAGAAGGAUGACCUGGCCAACGCUAAGAGCACUUACUGGAAUAAGGCUCUGUGGUAUUAG